GAGGGGCGGUGUCCUGGCCGCCGGCUCUGAGGUGGCCGAUACGCCGGUCGCGGCGAGCGUGGGUUCCGCCCCAGCCCUCGGCGGCCUCGGGUGCGAGGACCGUGAGGGUCUCGGGCCUCUCCCCUCCCGUGCCUGGGGUCUCGGCGCCUUCCCCCGCCGGACCCCGCGCCUCGCGACCGCCCGGGUCAGAGCCGCUCCGGGCGCGGGCCGGACGAUGCCCAAGAAGCUGCUGCUGCUGCCCCCGCUCUCCGCGUCCUCGACCCUCCGCGCCCCGCGAGCCCGCCCCGCCGCCCGCCCGGCCAUGAACGCCGCCCGCACCGGCUACCGAGUCUUCUCGGCCAACUCCACGGCCGCCUGCACCGAGCUGGCCAAGCGCAUCACCGAAUUUACGACAGUGACCUUGCUGAGAGAGGAGGGCACAUUUAAAAGGCGUCUUGGUGCUGAAUUGGGGAAAUCUGUGGUCUAUCAAGAGACCAAUGGAGAAACAAGAGUUGAAAUAAAAGAGUCUGUUCGUGGCCAAGAUAUUUUCAUUAUACAGACAAUACCCAGAGAUGUGAAUACAGCUGUGAUGGAGCUGCUGAUCAUGGCCUACGCACUGAAGACUGCCUGUGCCAGGAACAUUAUCGGAGUCAUCCCUUACUUCCCCUACAGCAAGCAAAGCAAGAUGAGGAAGAGGGGUUCCAUUGUGUGCAAGCUCCUGGCAUCCAUGCUGGCGAAAGCAGGUUUAACUCACAUUAUCACUAUGGAUCUUCAUCAAAAGGAAAUACAAGGCUUUUUCAGCUUUCCCGUGGACAACCUUAGAGCCUCACCUUUCCUGCUUCAGUAUAUCCAGGAAGAAAUUCCGAAUUACAGGAAUGCAGUCAUUGUGGCUAAGUCUCCUGAUGCUGCCAAAAGGGCCCAAUCAUACGCUGAGAGACUCCGUCUGGGGUUAGCUGUGAUUCACGGUGAAGCCCAGUGUACAGAGCUGGACAUGGAUGACGGUCGCCAUUCUCCCCCGAUGGUCAAAAAUGCUACUGUCCACCCGGGUCUGGAGUUGCCGUUGAUGAUGGCCAAAGAGAAGCCACCGAUAACCGUAGUCGGAGACGUUGGCGGGCGCAUCGCAAUCAUAGUGGAUGACAUUAUUGAUGAUGUGGAAAGUUUUGUUGCUGCUGCGGAGAUCCUGAAAGAGAGAGGUGCUUACAAGAUCUACGUCAUGGCCACUCACGGCAUCCUGUCUGCGGAGGCCCCCCGCCUGAUCGAGGAGUCCUCCAUUGACGAGGUGGUGGUGACGAACACUGUCCCUCACGAGGUGCAGAAGCUGCAGUGUCCCAAGAUAAAGACUGUGGAUAUCAGUCUGAUUCUUUCUGAAGCAAUUCGGAGAAUCCACAAUGGGGAGUCCAUGGCGUACCUUUUCCGAAACAUCACUGUGGAUGACUAGCUGUCCCUGUUGCCUUGACCGUGGAACUCAUAAGGCAAACGUGUGGAGAGCAGUGCCAUCAACCUAUGUACACAGGGUUUCCUCUCAAGGGAGGCCUGGAAAUAGCCUGAAGUCAGAUAGUCUGUCUCACCAAGUUGGGUAGGUAGGAGGCAUUAAGAUAGUCAAGGGGAAGACAGAGCUGAUGGAUAAAUGGCCUUAAAUGUCUGCCAUCGCCAUCCUGUUCCUUAAACAAAAGUUACAGACGCUUUCCUGAAAAGAAUCCCCAAAUUUUGUUGAUACUGAAAAGGAGUUAAGGGCAGAUAGUCUUAGCUCUGUAACAUUCGGGUAUUUCUACCGCAGGGAAAUGUGUGUCAGCAUUGAACUUGGUUAGGGAAGCUGAGUGCCCUGGUACUGUUUCCAUUCUAGUUGUCCUCUCCCCCGUCAGCCUCACGUAAGUCUUUGUAGGAAACCCUCUUUUUCUUUGAGAAGCUGCUGUGCCUACAGCCACUGAACAACAAAGCCUUUGUGGCAUUACCCCAGCGAGGAGGUCAGAUUAGAGAGUACACCCUAUCUCUGGAUACCUGCGUUGCUCUUCAAUGGCAAAUAAAAGAAUUUGUUGUCUUGCAA